UGCUUUUAAGGACUAGCCUCAAUUUUUUAAUAAUUCCUACAGAGUCAAUGGACUAGUGCCAAGUUAGGACCUAUCGUUAUGCACUGUGUGUUACAAAACAGUGCACCAUCAAAUGUGUAAAUCUACACCACUCAGGAAAUGAGCUCAAACCGGAAGCAAGUUGCAAGGACAGAAACAUCUAGGCGUAUCCUGUUGGUCCUAUAAAACAGAAACACCCGACAAUUGUUUUAGUAAUAAUUUAGUUAGUAGUAUACACUGUGGUCCAAACAUGGCAUGCUCAAGGUGUGGUUUGGUGUUCGUGGUGUUUCUUGGCGUUUUGAUGACCGACUUUGCAAACAGCAUUGAGUACCUGACCAAUGAAUGCAAUGACGUGCUAUACGUGGGGGACGGUGGCGGGACACUAGUCUCCCAAUCCGGGUUGAAUUAUGCAUCCAACGUGGACUGCACCGUCAUUGUACAAGCCUCCCUGGGUCGCCGGAUCCUGUUAACCUUCGAGAAGUUCGACACUGAGGGUUCGGGUUUUGGCACAUGUUUUACGGACUACCUAGAAGUGUUCGAUAGUGACAUGUCCAGUAUCCGGAGACUCUGCGGGACGGCUGUACCUGGUGACAUCACUUCUGUGAAUAAUAGCCUCAUAUUACAAUUCACCACGGACAGCUCCAUUGACAGAACGGGGUUCUCAUUUGCGUACACUUCUUUUCAUACGGGUUUUUGCAGCUCGAACGAGUUCACGUGCAACAACGGCCGGUGCAUUGAUAGCGAUCUGGAAAAUAAUCAGUACGACAACUGCGGCGAUGCCAGUGACGAACCUUACGAUUUUGACAUUGACAUUGACAUUGACGAUGCCAUCGGCACAGCCAAUAAUUUCCUGCGUUUGGGAAUCGGGAUUAUCAUCGCCAUCAUUAUCGCUAUUAUUGCCCUUAUCGUCCUGAUCUGUGUCUGUAUCGGUUGUAUCUGCUUCCACGUGUGUUGUAAGACCUCGGCUUCCCAGCGCUCCAACGCCGUGGUAAUGACUUCAGCCAGUCAGCAGCCAGCCGGUCAGGUUGCGUACAGCCAGCCACCGCCAGCAUACGGCCAGCCUGGACCGUACGGGCAGCCCACUACGGUGCCGUACGGCAACCCCGCCGCCCCGUUCGGCCAACCCAAUGGAGAGCAAGCGGCCCCGUUGGUAGAGAAACCUUAGUCAUUCUUUACUUUCUUCAUUUUCUUUAAACAGCAGCCCAUUUUUUUACGAAACGCUUAAAGGAACACGUUGCCUUGGAUCGGU